CCUUCACCAUUCAAGCUAUGUGCCGUGAGUUUCUGUCUGAAUUUUGACCUUUUUUGCGGCUAAAUGGCUGGAGAUCGAAUACUUCUAAAGCUCGACAGCACUGCUGCAGCCUCUAUUGAUCAAUACUUAGAAUAUCGAAGAAUUGUUGGGAACGACGAUGGAGGGAAACUCUUUACUCCUGAAGAAUAUGAAGAUUACAAGAAAAAUGUUCUGCCGCAGAGAAUGAAAAACAGGCUAUAUGUUAGUUGGACGGCACCCAACGGUAUGGAUUGUAAGAUGGUCGGCCCUGAAACAAUGUGUUUUUGCAGUCACAGGUACAAACAACACAAAACUGAUUAUGAGACACUGCCACAAACCAGACCGAUCCCGGUCCCCUGCCGUGUGAGUGGCUGUAAAUGUAAGAGUUACCACUAUGUACCAAAGAAUGGCACCCAGCCAAUCAGAUGCCAGUGUAAACACUUUGCUAAUGAUCAUUCUGAGGUGGUACCAUACAAGUGUUCAAAAGGAUGUGCAUGUAAAAAAUUCACAAGCUCUUACACUUGUGGCUGUGGAGAACCAACUUAUGCUCAUAAGACAAUUGUUGAGACAAAAGAAGAACGCGUAUCUCGCGGCCACCCAAUAGGCCAUGAUGUGCCUUAUGCCGCCAUGGGUGGAAUCACAGGGUUCAGUUCACUGAUGGACGGCUACAUGCGCUUGGAUGACAGUGGAAUUGGUCCACCACCCUUGCAUAUGUUGGAGCAGCCAGUAGGACAUGAUGAUCACCCUUUCCUCAGAGCACAAGCUAGUUUGGCUGGGCUGUCAUUGGAAGAUGGGAUGGGUGCUGGUGCUGGUGUAGGGCAGGUGGUACACAGAACCACUGAGGAAGAGGACAUGGCAUAUUUUGAGAAGCGUUACCAAGCCAGGCUGAAGGCAGAAAAGGAACAGCCCAGAGUGCAGAAAUCACCACAAUCUAAGAGGUUGACAGGGCCACACAAUGCUCAACAAAGCUUGGGGAGUGUAUCAAGGAGAACUGGUCCUAGUAAAAGGAAAUUAGCAACCAAGCCUGCUACUACCUCCCAAAGCCCUGGACCCCAUGCAGGAAGGAAGAGCAACAGAUGAUAAAACAUAUUGAGUGUAGUACUGGCACAGAGUGAAAGUGUGUGUAGCAAUGUGUACAAACUAAGGGAGAAAGGGUGUUUGUGAACCCACUCAGUAUGUCCCAUGCUCUAAUAAUCCCCCAGAAGGGGAGGAGAAGGGGGCUUAUUAAUUUCUGGGCUUUCAGACAGGGUACCUUUUUACCGGAGAAGGGGUGAUUUUUAGAGGGGGACUUAUUUGACAGGAGGGCUUUUUAAAGAGGGGACUGUUAAAAGAUAUUAUUAGAGAGGGGGGCUCAUAAAACCUUGAAGUUUUAGAAGGGGGCUUAUUAGGGCAUU